CAAGGAUGUAGAGUUAAACGAUUCGACUGAUUUAGUUAGUAGUGUAAAAUGUAAGAGUGAAUACGGAUGCCAAAUCGAAACGCGGUGUUCCUUAAUCGAGUACGGAUUGCAUAAGAACGAAGACGAAUACGGAAAGGAAUCGAUUAGAAGCAGGGUACCUUUUGACGGAUAUGGUGGUGCAAGGCGAGCCGCCGAUUUGAAAUUUAAAUGUGUACGGGAGACGGAGGAGUGUACGGAUGCCUUCGGGAGGACAAUGGGAGUGCACGUGCGAGUGGUUGUCGUGAUAAGUCUCAUGUUCAUGUUGCUAGCGACGAGUGCAGCCGCGCCGGCGAGAUCUCGCCCAGGACGAAGCGCACACAUCGAGAAAAAUGCGAGAAGUUACCUCGAAACGUUCGGGUACUUAAAAAAAGGUCGUCCGGAAGUUGGAAAUUUAUUGAUGGGAGAUGUCUCGCACUCUUAUGAGGACGAAUUCAGGAUUGCCAUCAAAACUUUACAAGAAUUUGGUGGUAUACCGGUAACAGGAGUCAUAGACCACGAAACUAAAGAACUAAUGAGAAAGAAAAGAUGUGGAAGACCAGACAGAGAGCCAGGCGAUGACGAGAAUGGCAGAAGACGAAAACGAUUUGCAGUUCAGGGAGAGAAGUGGAAACACACCAACUUAACAUGGAGGUAUACAAUGGACGGAGUUUUGCCUAGGUCUGAAUUGUUGAAUAUGGCUUAG